GGUGAAACAUAUCAAAGGGACGUCGUAAGAGCAGUAGAAACAAGAGGAAGCUACUCUAGCUGACGGCGCCUACUGUAGAUGUAGUUUAUCGUCGACGAUGGAGGCAGCUGUUCGCAUGGGACACUGCUGUUUAACUAGCUUAUCAGACGACGUUCUGCUUCUUAUAUUUCAAUACAUUGAUCAUAUAGACCUUGCUAACAUUAGAUUGAUCAGUUCAAGGUUUCAGUCAAUAAGUGAGGACCGCCAGCUCGUCAGGCAUAUAUCCUUUGCAAGCUGCUAUCGUGUGACAGACCAAAUCCUUUGCAGAUAUCUCAAACCAGUAUUUCACCAAGUAGAGACAUUGGAUCUCAAUCAUUGCUACUGGCUAACUUACAGUGCCUAUGAUGCCAUUGGCAGAUGUGUAAACUUGCAAACUCUCAAUGUGCUGCAGUGUCGCAUCACUCCAAAGCAUCUGUGCUUAAUUCUUGCUCGUCUGACAAAGUUGAGGUCAUUAGCUGUCACCAUAGUAGAUAUGCAGACUUUCCAGGCAGAGUUGCACAGCAGUGGUGGUGCACAAAAAGUUAUGCAGAAUCUUCGAUGCUUGACAUUGCAUUUUCGUGGCACUUUGCAAUAUACAGGACAUCAUAUCAAAAUGCAGUUUGAAGGGGGAUCCCGAUUUUUGGACUACUUCUAUUCUUUGGAAGAACUCCAUGUGUUAGGCUUUCCAAACAGCAACAAAGGGAUUCCUCCAUAUGUUUUGUAUUCACUGAUCACAAAUCCCGAAGCUAUGAAAAGGAUUCGAUGCUUGAGCAUUAGUGAUGCAGUUGACUCUUUUGCUCGCAUGUUUUUCUUCUCGACUCUACUGGAAGUCUGCAAGCAAUCCACACUUUACCUUACGACACUCUUGCAGCCAAUGGGUACACCUGAGCACUUAAAAAACAAGCCUCACUAUGUUGAGACCUUGAAGAACAUUGAACAAAUGGAGCUGCUGGAUAUCUCUCGAACAGUUCAGCCUAUUCCCAAUGAAAUAUUUUCUUUGGAUCGAGCUGUCAAUCUGCAGUACCUCAACGUGGCAGACAACACCAUGGUGAGCAGUCAGAGCUUGCAUAUCCUGGCUGACAAUUGUCCUCGCCUGGUCAGCAUUAACCUUCGCAACUGCCACAGCAUACUUUUAAAGUCCACAGAGGGUUCUUCAGAGGAGAAGAUAGUGGAUAGUAGUGGACUACAAACAUUGCUUUUAAACUGCUCAGAACUCAGGCAUAUCAAUUUGAGUGGUGUCCACCUUCAUGCUGAUGAUUUUGCUCACAGUAGUUUCAGCAGUCUCUGUCACUUACUUGCGAUUAAUUCUAAUUGGAAGAGUGUAGCAUUGUCACCUUGCUGCUUGUGCCCAAUGAAAGUUGAUGAGAUUACAACUACCAUGCAAACCACGGGAAACAAACGAGUAAUGGUACGCUACUCUGAUGAAACUGGUGUCAAGCGUCAACGAAUUGGGAUCCAGCCUCCUGAUCUGCACAUGUCAGUUGAAGAGGAGCUUACAAGUGAACUAGGCAAAUUGGUUCGUGUCUCUCCCAACAUGGAAAGUUUUGAGCUUAUUGGGGCAGGCUUUCGUUCAGCUUGCAAUAAGAAGUAUGGCUUACAGCCUGAGACAUUUAAUUCCAAGGUCUGUGCUUAUGCCACAGCUGUUGGGGAGCAGGAGCUGUUGUGUAUACGUCAGUGGAAAAAGCUGGUUUAUCUCCAGCUCACAGCUGUUCCAGGAAUCUUCAAGGGGGAUUUUUUAGCAGGCAUAGUGAGAAACUGUGUUCAGUUGAAGCAGCUGUUCCUGUCACAUCUAGGAAUGGGUGUAUUGUGUUGUUAUCGACAAGGGCUAAGGAGUGCUUUGCCCCUGGCACACUGCUUGAAGGACUUAAGGCUGGAGCAGCCAGGCCUGCAGCUGAACGAGUCAUUGUGGACAUCUUUGGGUCAAGUCUCCACUCUGGAGCGGCUGUGUGUUGUUGCCAGAGAUGGCAUAUUUGAGAAAGAAUCUGUAAUUGUGGAUUAUGUGAAAAGUGUUCCUUCACUUAUAGCUCUGCAGCUACUUACAAACAACACAUUGACAAGCUGUCGAAAUCUACAGACAAAACUUGCUCAGACCUUUAGCCAAGAAAGACGACCUUUCAGCCAGUGUAUAUUUCCCUUGAAACAUCCCACUUUGCUGGAGUUUGCAUCCUCUGUUCCUGAUGUUCAUCUUGAUGAGCUCACAAUUCUCAAUUCAACUAUCUGUCUGAGGCCCCCAGGAUGGGGCAGGAUGCCUAAAACAAAUAUUGGAUGAUACAAUAAGAAGCGUGUGUGUGUGUGGCAGGGGUAUGUGCAAGCAUGCAAACAUGUGAGAGAGAAAGAAAUAAAGGUUUAAACCUGCCAAUUAAUCACUUGAAAGCCAAUAAUAAGGCUCUUGCCGUGUAACUGCCUAUGUUCAGAUCAGAAAGUUGUGUUCUUAUUGCACUGGCAAUAAUUAAAAUCCACUUUUGACUUGCACAAGUACUUAAUAAGCCUUGUAGGUUUGGAAGGAUUAAGUAUCUAGACUCCUAUGCAUACAACAUAAAGUCAGAUGAAAAGUCACAAAAAAUAAGAGUGGCUAUAGUGUUUAUGGAGGCUUGUAGAGUGGUGUAUUUUUCAAGCACAGUCUCCUGUAUGUAUUUUUGCAACAAUCUAUGACUGUUAUGAAACUGCCUAAAAUAUUAAAAUGCAUUACUUUUUUUUA